AUGCGCAGUUGUUUGUAGCUCCAAAGAGACGUCAGUAGCUUUUAGCUGAGGGACAUUGAAUGACUUUGUAGCCGUGUGCUGCGGCAGGUUAAAGAAAGUUGCCUAUUUGACAGGUUGAGAUAGUUCUCGGAGCUCAUGGAGGCCCUCAUACCUGUCAUAAACAAACUGCAAGAUGUGUUUAAUACGGUCGGCGCAGACAUUAUUCAACUACCGCAGAUAGUUGUUGUCGGAACUCAGGUGAGAAACGUCACUUUGCUUCAGAGGCUAGCACGCCAGUUAGCCUGCGCCAACUAGUUGUUGUGCCGCUUUUGCUUACAGUUUUUCUUUCAGUUUCACCCGGGUAAGGUAAACAAAGUUAAACAUGCUGACUAUACUUAGAAAUAACACGUAUACUCAUAUUUAAGUUAAUAACAAUACAAUACAGCAACUCAGUCAGCGGUAGCAACAUGUGAUCUCAUUGUAAACUCAAAGCUGCAAUGUUUGGUUGUCUGAAAGAAAAAGUACAUAGCUGCUUAGCACUGAGACCCCUAUCUGUUAAUAAAAUUACGUUUAUAAACGGAGAUGAGAUUCAUUUUUGAUUAUUAAGACCACAUCCUUUCCUUUUUACUAUCUUCAGUAACAAAUAUACAAGUUUGUCUUAUAGAAAGCAUGGGUUUAUGUUGCUUCUCAGAGAUAUACUGUAUGAGGUAGGCGACCCAAAGCUAGUAUUAAAGCUGUAUAGACGAGAGGCCUAUAGUUAGGUCCUCUACUUUGUUUUUGUGUUUAUAUCCAAUUGUUUAACAGUAGUUUGUAACGUAUUCUCAUGUUUUGGUUUAUUUUCAACAUUAAUAUUUGAUAAACAGUAUAUUCAAUUUAAUUUGUCUUUUAUCCUGUGAAUUGUUCUCUUAUUGUCUUUUCAUAUUGUGUCUUUUUUAACCUUUUACAUUGUUGGUUUUAUUUCUCAAGAUUUUCUGUAUUUUAAAUUGUGCUUUUUAUUUUUAUUUUUUCUUUGUAAGGCUUCUUUGAGCACCUGUAAAAGUGCGUUAUAAAUAUAAUUUAUUAUUAUUAAUUUCAGCAGCAUUACAAACUACUAUGUGAUCCAUAACACGUCUCUAUUCCAAGUUCCGCCCUGUCCAUCCUACUACCAUGCGUACUGUUAAAGGCUAAGUGGUUUAAAGUGGCAGGUUAUGUCUAACACGUUUACUUUCAUUGGUCAGCUAAUAGGAUGUGGCUGUCUCAGGCGUUUUGGCAGGCCUUCGUGGGUGUUACAGCGAGACAAGACAAGCUACAGGAUAUUUAAAUGCCUGAUUUGUUGUUUGGUAUGUUCCAGCCAGGAAAGACCUUCAGUUAAGGACAUUUGAAACAUACCUAAUGCUUCAUGUAAAGGUGUAAUAACUUGAGCGAAAGUAAAACAAGGUUCACUGACACAAAGCAGUUAACCUUUUACAUUUUUAGCUCAUCAACAACCAAAUCUGCAUCAGUCCAUUAAGGGGGUAUUUGUCAGCCAAGUAAGCUAAGUGAGUUAUUUCAGUUUAGAAGAUCUCAUUAGCGAUUACUCUUUCACACUUGUCAUUAAAACAGAAAUGUCUUCCAGGUGGUGCCCAUUGUUUGUGUAUGAGGGUGCUGAAUACAAGUCAAAGCAGCCAUAAGAUUGUGUUGGACAGCUGAGAGGCACGGCACUAGUAGGAACUCUUAAAAAGUCCUGCCAAAGGAGUCUCAAAAGUUUUGUCUUCUGAGGUGUUUAAGUGAAAUUACACCAGAACCUCUGUUUUAAAUGCGGUUGGAUGUUAAAGAAUCACUGAAAUUUCUUCUUGCUUGCAAAUAGUCAAGGAGAAUGCACUGUUUUGUCAAUCAGCAAGAUGGACAGACUGAGUCGCCUGGACCUGGAAUCUUUCUGACUGGAAUCUCAGCUUAUAGUGUUGUGAAAAAUACUGUUGUUGUUGUUGAUGUUGUUGUUUUUCUACAGAGCAGUGGGAAGAGCUCUGUGUUAGAGAGCUUGGUUGGCAGGGACAUCCUACCACGUGGCACAGGCAUUGUCACACGUCGGCCCCUCAUCCUACAGCUUGUGCACAUUGACUCAGAGGAUCGCAGGAAAACCACUGAAGAGAAUGGUAAUGUCACUUUCACCUCUCUUAUUUCUGUGUGUGGAGUUAUUAUCAUUCUUAAAAAAUGUUCUUUCAUUAUUACUCUUGCAAAGUGAAAUAUUUUACCUGUAGUUAUUGUACACAAAUAUAUUGAUUUUAAAUACUGUGCAUACAUCAUAGCCGGUUUUGCAGUUGAUAAGUGCAUAAUAAUUUUAUAGUAUUGAAUUUGAAAUUUUGAAACACAAUAGCAGUCCAUACUUGAAGUAAUUUACAACAAUCAGUCUAUUGUGGUUUGACUCAGCUUCACUGGCAAACAAGAGCGUCACAGUGAAUCACAUUGACAUUUAAUGAAGCUCCUUCAAAGAAUGGAAACACUCUGUUUCUGUGCCAUAAUAAGUCUUUUUGCAGCUUUAUAAAGUUGUUGUGUUAUAAAAGAAGUAUAACUUGGAGCCAGCACUGUCACCAUGUAGUCCUCGGUGGGGGAAAAACAGGGAUAAAAAAGGAGGCCAAGAUGCUGCGGAAAUCCAGCGCUGUCCUCAGGGAAUGGCCUCAGUGUGACUCUGCAUUGCUGCAGAAAGCUGUGCAGGAGCAGCAGAUAGGCCGGCUAACUCUUUUGUCUCCUGUCAUCUCUCCUUAACCACAGAAUCCAAGAGAAAUGGACGCCUUUACAGAGGUCUCCUUUUCCUUUUUCUUUACCCCAUUAUGCUCCUAUAUUACAUAACCUCCCCUCGUCUCUUUUGCCCAUUCUGCCCCAUCCUGGCUUGUAUUUAUGUAGCUUUUCCAGAGCUGCCAAACCAUGUGGCUUCACUUUAGCCAGUUCCCUUCACCCCUUCGUUGAGGCUGGUCUCUGUCAGUGAGAGAAAAUGAGCAGAUUCUUGUCAUAUACAAUCCAAUUUUUGUUUUUCAUCCUAAAAGUCAUUAGUUCUUUGAUUCCAACUUCCUGAAAGCUCACCUGUGAUGUCCUCAAAUACCUGAUGACUAACAGACUCCACCCUUGUAAUGCUGCUCCCUUUUUUUGGCGAGGUAUCAACUUUGUUUUUCCAAGAAGUCACUGCUUCCUAAAACACACUUUUUAUUUGCUUCAAGCUUUAUCUUUAAUUUGCUUCCAUGACUGUUGUCGGAAAACAACAGUUGUUCCUUUGUGUAUUCGUUUUUUAAAAGUCUUCAGCUGUGGUUCUUCACUCUGAGGAUUUUUCUCAAUCCCAUGUCCGCCCACAGGGAAAUCCUCCCAUGAGACAGCUAACAUAGCCGUAGUAAUAAUAGUAGCUCUGAUCUUAAGGCCACAUCUGUCAUGCCAGUAACUGAAACAUCUGCUUUGAACCUUGUAUUUCUGCAGGCAUCGAGGGAGAGGAAUGGGGCAAAUUCUUACACACAAAAAACAAGGUAAAGUUCUCUGAAGACAUGAUCCUUAAUGGAGUUUCUCACCACUGCUUCAAUAUAUUUACAAAUAUAUCUAAAAAAUUCAUAGAGUAUCAAUUCAUUUUCCUGCAUGGAUUAGUCAUAGAAGAUUAUUUGUAGUUUUCAACAACAAUCUAACCUAAAAAAAGAUCAUGCACACACCCUCUUGGUAACUAAAAAUAUUCAUAUUGCUUGAGAGUGAAUGUCAUCCAAGGUUGAGCUGUGUCUCUUGGGCGCCACAUAGUUUAUGUUUGUAUCAUUAUGAUGUUCUGGGGGCCUCAUGACGAACCACAAAGUAAUCCUCUUUUUUGUCACUCUGUUUUCAUUGUUGAUUGUAGACCAGCUUUCCUCUGAUUGCAUUUCUAACAUUAGUAUUUACUCGUCUUUGUGGUGAAAAUGUUCCUCCAGCUUUUCACAGACUUUGAGCAGAUCAGCCAGGAGAUUGAGUCCGAAACAGAAAGAGUUUCUGGCAAUAACAAGGUAUGCUAAUUACACUUGAAGGAGUGCCAGCACUCGCUGAACGAGACAUUUUAUCUGCCAAGAAGGUGGAUGAUCUUCAAAUACAAGUAUCCAUCAGCCUCUAAAACGAAAGUGAUUUUUCUUUUCUUCUUUUCUUUCCCUCAGGGUAUCAGUGAUGAUCCCAUUCACCUGAAAGUCUUCUCACCACAUGUAGUGAACCUCACCUUGGUCGACCUUCCCGGCAUAACAAAGGUGAGAUAGCUUUUUCUUUUUGUUUUGUUUUGCAUUCCCGUGUCCUUGAACUAUACACUAAAGUGAGCCUGCACCUGAAUGUAAGGUUUCAAUCUGUGUCAAAAUAAUGUCUGAAAACAGGUACCAGUCGGAGACCAGCCAAAAGACAUUGAGAUCCAGAUCAGAGAACUGAUUCUGAAGUACAUCUCUAACCCCAACUCCAUCAUCCUGGCUGUGACUGCUGCCAAUACAGACAUGGCAACUUCGGAGGCACUAAAAGUGGCCCGAGAGGUUGACCCUGAUGGUAAAUAUUUGAAAUUCGUCGCUUUUUGUGCGUCAUACACCUACAUAGUGAAGAUUUACUUUUCAGAUUAUAUGAGCUUUCUGUUUCCUGCCAUAGUUGUUGCUUUUUGUAGCCAGGUGUGUAUGUGUCUUUGUCUUCAGGCAGGAGAACACUAGCUGUGGUGACCAAGCUGGACCUGAUGGAUGCCGGCACAGAUGCCAUGGAUGUGUUGAUGGGCAGGGUUAUUCCUGUCAAACUCGGAAUCAUAGGAGUAGUAAACAGGUUAGACUGUCACGCUUGUUGGUUAGUGAGUCAGAAAGCAGGUUGCAUUCACUUUCAGUCUUUGUGAAACUAGACAAGAAAGGCUCCAUUUAUAAACAUUUGUUUGUCAUGAGAAUUUUCUGUUUUCUGCUCUUGAUGUUAACUUUAUAUUUUUUACUUGACUACAUCCGGGGCUGUUUUAUUGGUUAUAAUCCCUGUACCAUAUCUAGAGCUCCACAAAUGUCUUUCUCACCAUUUGUUCUCUGUGUGACAGUUUUGUGGUGGUAUAUUGUCUCAUGGUCAGUGGUUUUGGUCAUACUAGGAACCUUUAAAGUUAGAUCUAGGACAAAACUACCUCUGUAAGUAUGUGUUAUUUACACAUUUUCUCAGGAGUCAGUUGGACAUCAAUCAGAGGAAACCGGUGGCAGAUUCAAUACGAGAUGAAUAUGCCUUCCUACAGAAGAAAUACCCCUCCCUUGCCAACAGGAAUGGAACAAAAUAUCUGGCGAGAACAUUAAACAGGUAUGUAUGGGUCAGUAUGGGUGUUAUCAGACCUUAAACAUUUCAGGUUGACUGUCUCUCUGUCACAAUGGAAUCAACAGAAGAUCUUCACACUGCUGACGUCUAUUGCAAUUCUUUGUCUUUCUAUCCAAGAGUUAUGUUUCUCUUUAUUCCUUAUGCAGGUUACUCAUGCAUCACAUCAGAGACUGUCUGCCUGAGCUGAAGACAAGGAUCAAUGUGCUGGCAGCUCAGUACCAGUCUCUACUCAACAGUUAUGGCGAACCUGUGGAAGACAAGAGUGCCACCUUGCUGCAGCUCAUCACCAAGUUUGCUGCAGAGUACUGCAACACCAUCGAGGGCACGGCCAAAUACAUCGAGACAGCAGAACUGUGAGUCACUUAUUUCUUUGACCACUAAGGGGUGCUAGCGACAACAUUUUUAAUACCAAAUAACAACUGUUUUUUUCCCUCUCCUGUUUUCCUCAGAUGUGGCGGUGCCAGAAUCUGUUAUAUUUUUCAUGAGACAUUUGGUCGGACAUUGGAGUCAGUUGAUCCUUUAGGUGGUCUGACAACCAUUGAUGUCCUCACUGCAAUCAGAAAUGCAACAGUGAGUGUUUACUGGCCUUUACUUCAUGAAAAGACACACUAUUUGAGGACUCACACUAUCACUUUAUUUGACAGGGCCCCAGGCCUGCUUUAUUUGUGCCUGAAGUUUCCUUUGAGUUGCUUGUGAAGCGGCAGGUGAAGCGUCUAGAAGAGCCCAGUCUGCGCUGCGUGGAGCUGGUUCACGAGGAGAUGCAGAGAAUCAUACAGCACUGCAGCAUCUACAGCACACAGGUUGGAAUCAUGCUUGCACAUACGCCGCUGAAAAACAGACGCACAGAGGCACAUGGAAAACACAGAACUAACAGUGGCUUGUUUGCUUUUGCAGGAGUUGCUGCGGUUUCCAAAACUCCAUGAUGCCAUAGUCGAGGUUGUCACUUCACUACUCAGAAAGAGACUCCCCGUCACCAAUGAAAUGGUCAGGACCUUCUCAGACUUAAUACCACGAAGACUCCUUAUCUGGAUUUAUUUGCACUGUGAUCUGAUUAAUCCUUUUUCUAAAUCCUUUCAGGUUCACAAUCUUGUUGCCAUUGAACUUGCAUAUAUCAACACCAAGCAUCCUGACUUUGCUGAUGCAUGUGGUCUCAUGAACAACAACAUAGAAGUAAGAAAUAAGCACCAAAUUAUAAAAUACAAUAUUCAUAAAAAAAAUUUCUUUUUGCCUGAAUCUUGGGCAGAUAAUGUCAAGUGAUUGACUUUCUGUUUCCUGAGCUUCCAUUUAAAAACAAAAUCCAGGGCUAAAGUUUACAAUGAAGCAGAAACUUAACAGAAGUCUAAAUACUGUUAUCAAAAACAAUGAAAGCUUGUACAGUAUACCCUCUCCUCCUUAUAUAGCAAUGACAUUCAUUUGUCAAACUUCCUGUUUUACAGGAGCAGAGACGGAACAGAAUGAGAGACCUCCCUUCUGCUGUCCCAAGAGACAAGGUACAGUCAGUGUCCAUGAUUUACAUUACACAUUUAACUUUGAACAGGUUUUAUUCCACACUCCUACAAAUGAAGGUAGUCUAUCUUUCUUUCUUUCUUUCUUUCUUUCUUUCUUUCUUUCUUUCUUUCUCUUUCCUUUCCCUUCAGCUUAGCAGCUUCACAUUACAGUAUAAGAUGCUCAUACAAAUAUCUGCCUGUAGCUCCUCUUUCCUUCCUCACGCUCUCUCUCUAGUCUCUUAAAGGCCCCGGUGGGCAGUCUCUGUCCCCUACUGAGUUUCCUGCCCCUGAGGGGGAGCUUGCAAAGGUGUGUCUUGUUCAGUCCUUGCCUGCCCACAUCUGACCUCUGCCGAUCUAAGCCCCUAAUCUUUUUACCCUGUUGCACCAUGUCAUGCCAUGUCACCAUGACUGUAUAAAAAUGGACGCCAUGACAGCUCCACAAAAGUUUAGCCUCAAGAUUUUAGAGGUUUCCCUACUGAGUUGUUUGGUACAGAUUUUAUAGCCUGUCAUUUCCAUGUUAACAGAUGGGACAUACUUUUAAAUUAAAAUAAUAUAGUUGCGGGAAGCUUUGUUGACAAAUACAGCUCCAGGAUCAGCAGGAUUAUAUUUGCAGUGUUCAAGAGACUUCUGGCCAUGGCUAAUUUGUGGUCCUUGUCCCUGGUUAGGAUUUUAGAAAUCAGGUACAUGAUAUAACAGAGGAACAAAAGAAUAGAACAGAAUUGUGGGCCAGUCCUUACUUCACACACUCUGGCAACAAAUGCUGAAGGUUGAGGUUAUUAUGGCAUCACUCACAUAGAGAGAAGGUUGAGACAUGUCGUCCAUCUUUUUAUACAGUCUUUGCAUUAGGUGGAUGUGCCUCAGUGUACCACAGAUGUCGUGGGCCAGAGGGCAGCCUUUCACCCUUCAUAACCUUACUGAUCCGACCUUUGACCUCUAGUUAUAAUGUACAGCUAACUCUUUUAUCUGCAUGCUGGUUGCUCUAAGAUAAAAACACAACCACCAGGCUGGAGUGACAUACUUUUGUAGUGAAACAAGCCUUAUCAGGAUUCUAUGAAGUCCUGCACAUCUGACAGGAGCAUUUGUGUUGUACGGCUUUUGACAUCGACCACUGCACCCUAAUAAGACCAGAAAAUAAUGACUGCCAUCAUUGGACCAGUCUAGUCCAAGCUCUCUCUUUGUCAUGUUUCCGUUCAGUCUGCUAACACUUUGAUGAACUUCUUUGAAGCCAAAGAAGGUCUGAUGCAUGCUAUUUUAACGCAUUUUGCUUAUUUAUUGGGUUUGUAUUCUUUCCAUAAUCUCCUCGCUCCUCUUGUUCUGACAAAUUUCCACCACGAGUUGGUCAUGAGGGUACUAACAUUCAUUUUUCUUUCAGGCAUCUUCCAGUGUUCCUCAGGGUGGCUCUUUCAGUGACCAGUCAGACGGAGGGACAGGAAACUGGAGGGGCAUGUUGAAGAGGGGAGAGGAGAACCCAGGAGGAGACAGGUCCUUGUCUGUUUCUACCCUCCCUGUUAGCCCACAGAAAGGCCAUGCUGUCAACCUGCUAGAUGUGGUGAGUACCCUGUAUGUCUAAACAUGAUGAAAAGAUUUGGGGGACAUCCUCUGGACUUCUCAGUGGUUAUAUUUUUAUUCUUGCAUAUUUCCACAAGGUUGAAUCUUAGUUCAUUAAUAUAUAUUAAAAAAUUACAUUUCAUGUUUGCCAGCCUGUUCCGGUGUCCAGAAAGUUGUCUGCUCGGGAGCAGAGGGACUGUGAAGUCAUCGAGAGACUCAUCAAAUCAUACUUUCUGAUCGUCCGGAAAAACAUCCAGGACAGGUAGACAUGCUCUUCACCCAUUACAACAUCCUUUACAAGAUGGUUGGUCAGAUGUUGUGUGCUCACCUGUCCACUUUCUUCACCCUCUUUCAGUGUACCAAAGGCAGUGAUGCACUUCCUGGUGAACCAUGUGAAGGACUGCCUGCAGAGUGAGCUAGUGGGUCAGUUAUAUAAGACGACUCUGCUGGACCACCUGCUGACAGAAUCUGAGGACAUGGCUCAGAGACGCAACGAGGCUGCUGACAUGCUCAAGGUAACAUUUUCAGUCAGUGUGGAGUGUGAAAACAAGAUCAAGUGUCAGUCCUCACAUUGCUCAAAUACACAGUUAAUUUAUUUACCUUAUACUAGAAGCAAGAAUAAAGUCACGUGUCUUCACUGGGCUUGAUUAGGUCAGGUUUUCAGUUGAGUUAGAUUUAUUUGUAUUUUGGUCCAUUUUACUUCUGAUUCUAUAUCUUGGUUUACUUGAAGUUGGAGUUUUUAAUUCUUCACCCUCAGUCUCUUGUGGUCCCUAAUUAUAAAUUGAUGAGAUUUGUGAUAGUACUGUGUCAUUUCCUGUUUUUGUUAGUUCUCAAUGAGUGCGAUAAUAAUUGAUCAGUUUGUGGCGUGGAGCACUUACCGUAUGAAAAAUGGUAUGUAUCCCGAUUGUUUAAUUGUUGAUUUCUCUGAAGAAAAAUGAUAGAUUUUUCUAAUUUACCCAGAAAAUUAUGUGGGGAAAGGAAACCCUAUCAUUUUAUUCCCUCUUAGAGUUAUAAGAAGUUGAGACGUUUAGUGCCAGUAAAUGUAAAUACAGAAAUAUUUUACUUGAGGGUAUAAACAUAACAUUUCUUGAGCUCCUAAACUCAGUAUCCUCCUUACUCUGUUUGUUUGUCCAGGCAUUGCAGAAAGCCAGCCAGGUGAUAGCAGAAAUCCGAGAAACUCACAUGUGGUGAAAACAACCUUCAUUCAGCUCGCUGUCUUCAUCCCUCAUGGACCCUCAGCCCCCCCAGACCAUCAGCUGAGAGUCCUCGCACUUCACACUGCAGAGACAGCAGCUCGAAUAUGCAGAGCUGCUGAUAUUUGUAUAUGGAACUAUAGUUUUUAAAAAAGCGCAGUACAUGUAAAACCCUCACUGCUGGCAUCACAUAUGCUCUUGUAACUAGAUUUGUAUAUUUUUCUUAUGUUAUUAAAACAACAUCUAGAUAAUGUUAUUCAUCACCACUAUGUGGAGCCUUGCUGAGGAAUGUCUGCUCUCAUGUACAUUUGGAUUAAAGAUACAGGUGAAAAAUCUCUGACGCAA